AUGAAGCUGACCAGCAGCUGCAAUGCUCCAAAAACGCUAAAUGUCAAUAACAUGGAGACAUUCAUUGAAUGUCAAUCAGAGGGUGAUAUCAAGCAACAUCCUCUGUUGGCAUCAUGCGAGAGUGAAGAUAGCAUUUGCCAGCUGAUUGAAAUUAAGAAGAGAAAGAAGGUGCUGUCCUGGCCCUUUCUCAUGCGAAGGCUUUCUCCUCCAUCGGAUUUUUCUGGGGCUUCCGAGCCAGAAUUGAAAGCGUCCUUGUUUGAUCAGCCCUUGUCGAUUAUCUGUGGUGACGAUGACGCCCUCCCCAGACCCAUCCAGGAUAUUCUCACUAUUCUGUGCCUGAAAGGCCCCUCCACUGAAGGAAUAUUUAGGAAAGCAGCCAACGAGAAAGCCCGCAAAGAACUCAAGGAGGAGCUCAACUCGGGAGUCAUGGUGGAUCUGAAAAGUCUCCCCGUGCACCUCCUGGCAGUGGUCUUUAAGGACUUCCUCCGGAGUAUCCCCCGGAAGCUGCUCUCCUGUGACCUGUUUGAGGACUGGAUGGGUGCCCUGGAGAGACAGAACGAGGAGGACAGGAUCGAGGCCCUGAGACAGGUCGCAGAGAAGCUGCCGCGGCCCAACCUGCUGCUGCUCAAGCACCUGCUCUCCGUGCUCUACCUGGUCAGCAAGAACGCCGAGGUCAGCAAGAUGGACGCCAGCAACCUCGCCAUCUGCGUGGGGCCCAACAUGCUGACCCGGGAGAGUGACCGGGACCUCUCGCUGGAAGCCCAGAAAGACUUGAACAAUCAGGUGAAGAAGUUGGUGGAGUUCCUCAUCGACAACUGCCCGGAGAUCUUCGGGGAGAACAUCCCAGUGCAUUCCAGUUCCGUCUCCGACGACUCCCUGGAGCACACGGACGGCUCAGACACGUCGACCCUGCAGAAUGACUCGGCCUAUGACAGCACCGACCCUGACGGGGACUGCGGCAGCGCCCUGGGCUCCCCGGCCAGGCUGCCCCCGGGGCCCGGGGACACAGCCGCCCGCGUGGAGCCCGCGGCCAGCACGGUGGCCAGGCUGAAGCGCGCCCUCGACCCGGACAGGAGGCACUCGGAGCCCGGCGUGUCGCCCUCACCAGAGCGCCUGGGGCGCCGGCAAGCUAACCCGAAGCUGACCCGCAGCGAGGACGCGCCCAGGGCCCGGCCGGCCUCCAGCUCCGGAAGUGAGGAGGCCGAGGACCCCUUCCCCGAGGAGGUGUUUCCCGCGGGGGAAGGUGGGAGCCAGAGGCCGCAGGACCUGCAGGACCUGCAUGUGCAGAGCUCCACGCGGGGCGCAGUGUCCCUGCAGGGACGGGCGCCCACGGCCUGCUCCAGUGGCUCCCUGGACGCCUCCUCUGACAGCUCGCCCCCGGCUUCCCCCUCCAGCCCCAGGAGAAACUUCUUCAACAGACACCAGUCUUUUACAAAGACAGAUAAAAGCAAGCCCAGCAGAGAGAUAAAAAAACACUCCAUGUCCUUCUCCUUCGCCUCGCACAAGAGGGCGCUGCCCAGGCCCCCCAGCCUGUCGCUGAGAGCCAGAGGCCUGGCCAGAGACCCCGGCAGGAAAGACUUGAGGAGGGAGAGCCAGCUGGCUGGGCGAAUCGUCCAGGAGAACUUGUCUGAAACCCCUGGCCAGGCAGCUCUGGACUUUAGCCCAGGAUCCUGUGCCCUGUCCGGGGAGGACAUGUUCCGGCUGGUGGACAGGACGAGGCCCGGCAGCCCCCCCUCCUACGAAGAGGCUGUGCGGGGCCAGGGCCUGGCGCUCGCUGCUCGUGGGAGCCAGACGGUUGGCAGCCUGCGGGCCAGGAUGCUCAGCCUGGACUCAGGGCUGGCGCCUCGCCUGCCUGUGCACCACGGAGCGGACUUGGGGAGCACAUGCGGCCAGGAGCCCCUCGAUGGGCACAGACUCUCGCCCAGGACUGUGAGCUGGAGCCAGAGCAGGACUGGCUGUGCUUCUGGGGAGACGGUCGAACCAGUGACCGUCAUCGGGAGGCCCGAGCUGCACCGGCUCAGAACUGUGUCCGAGUCCCCGCAGGGGGGCCCGUGGGACUGCCUGGCGGGGCGCUGCAGCCACAGCCAGCCGGCCUUCGAGGCUGACCAGCUGCUCUACGCCAAGGAGUCCUACAUCUAG